CGCUGCUAACAUGACUGCUGAAACUCUUAAGCCGUUUAUAACACCCGGCAGUGUCGAUUAUGUGACAGCAUCACAUUCAAGUACCUCAUCCGUUCAUAAUCGGAAUAGACGGUGCUUUCUUGCAAUUGCUGCAAGUGCCCUUGUGGUGGUGCUAAUCUCAACGUUGUUGGGCAUAACGAUAUGGCAUACCGUACGCAUAUCAAAUCUUCAAACCGAAGUGGAAAACUUAAAUAAAGUUAUUGAGAGUAUGCAAAAACGUUUGGGCCUCACAUAUUUGGAUGACUUAAGCGAUCUGGAAAAGGAGGAUGAGAAUAACAAUGCUUUAAUUGAUGAUAUGCUGCCCGACGACGACGACGAUGAUGAUGGAGGCGAUGACAAUGACAGUGAAAGUAACAGCGGCGAAGAAGAUGAUGAGGAUGAAGAUGCCGAUUACACAUACGAUGAAUUAAUUAAGAAAUAUAGCGAUUAUGAAGAAGAUGAUGACGACGAUCAUAACAAUAGUCGAACUAACGAGGACGACGAUGAUCUUUUUGACGACGACGAUGAUGAUGACGAUAACUUGUAUGGUGAUUAUGGAAAAUUUGUUGAGUCCACCAAGGAAAAACGGCAAAGGAGACGAAAAAUUCGUUCUUUGUCUGAGCUGAAGGAAGAAGCAGAUGAAAUUACAUUAGAAACUAGUCGUCCCUCAAUUCAAAGGUCUUACAAGCCCCUUGUCGCUGCAGAGAAUGCUGAAAGACGCCGCAGUCCAAUGAGAUUAUACAGUUCUCGUAGACGAAAGUUUCCAAUGAUAAAAAGCGAUAAACAUUUAAUUUCAGCUAAAACAGUAAUAUCACCAAACAAUGCUUUGAAUGAAAUUGAAACCACUAAGCCGGCCGUUCAUUUCCAUCUAACGCACAAAUUGCCAAAUCAUCAUUCAUCGGUUCGAGUUCACUCAUAUAAUGGUGAUUUGUACAUUGGAAAACCAACGUGGACAAAUGAACGAGAAUCUCUAGACACAUAUUUUCACGUAGAAAAUGGUGUUCUGACUGUCCACGAGCCGGGUCUGUAUUAUGUCUACGCUCAAAUAUGUUAUCACAAUCAUCAUAAUCAGAAUGGUUUCAUUAUAUUCCAUGGCCACAAACCAUUCCUGCAGUGUCUGAGUCACAUAUUUACGAACAAUAAUUCGGUUAUCAAUACCUGUCACACCAGCGGCCUAAUAUAUUUGAAACGUGACGAACAAAUACACAUUCAAGACUUCCAUACAGAUCGUAGAACUCAUCUGCAAGAAGAAAAUAAUCGAAGCUAUUUCGGAUUGAUUAAAAUUUAAAACUCUAC